AUGACACCUAAACCACUCAAAAGUAGACGACUCGACUUGGUCUACGUCAUCUUCUUCGUCGUACAUCUCAUCAUAACCCUCACUCUCGACGUUUUGCCGCUCUGGCCCUCCUCCCUCCAAAGCAUGCCCGUAAUAAGGGAUAUCUAUGCAUUUCUCAAGAGAGUCUCGUUCGACUACCUCACCAAGAGCAAGGAUCCGUUUGCGCUCGCGACCUGGGGUCUCGUACAGCACGAAUGGGAGUUUUAUUUCAUGAGGGUUUUCAUGUACAUGGAAUUAGUCAUCCAACUUCCGGCAUUUAUUCUCGGGACAUAUGGACUAUAUAAAAAUAAUCCAAGUUAUUAUUCGGUGAUCCUUUGUUACGCCACGGCCGCGCUCGUCACGACGACGACGUGCUUCGUCAACGCAAUCAAAUUACCUUCAGCGGAAGAUCCAUCUCUCGAUGCAAGCUCCAAGUUUUACGCGGUCACGAAUGAAGUACGCUGGAGAAUUCUAGGCCCACUCAUCCCGUUCUUGGUUAUCCCGGCGGUUAUGUGGGUAGAUAUGUUCGUUCGAAUCAUGGAUCUGGUGAGCAUAGGCGCCUAUAAGAAAGCGUUGGCGGCGAAGGCAGGAAAGGCAAAGAAGGAACUCUAG